GAGGGGGCGGGACCCCCGGAGCCCCCCCGCCAUGGAUGACCUGAACCUGCACUUCAGGUUCCUGAACUGGCGCCGGCGGAUCCGGGAGAUCCGGGAGGUUCGGGGUCUGCGCUGCCAGGAACGCGCUCGGCACAUCCUGGUCGAUGGGGACACCCUCAGCUACCGCGGCCCCUCGGGCGAGGUCGGCUGUUACGUGGCUCCGCGGCCGCUGACCCGCGACAGCAACUACUUCGAGGUGUCCAUCGUGGACAGCGGGGUCCGCGGCACCAUCGCCGUGGGGCUGGUCCCGCACUGCCACAGCCUCGAGCACCCCCCGGGAUGGGGGCCCGGCUCCGUCGCCUACCACGCUGAUGAUGGAAAGCUCUACAGUGGCCGAGCCAAGGGGCGCCAGUUUGGCUCCAAGUGCAGCUCCGGGGACCGGAUCGGCUGCGGUGUCGAGAGGGGCUCGUUCGGGGCCCCCCCCGCCCAGGUUUUCUUCACCAAGAACGGCCAGAGGGUGGGGGGUCUGGGGGUGCCACUGUCGCCCCCAGGGCUGUUCCCAGCCGUGGGGCUGCACUCGCUGGGGGAGGAGGUUCGGCUGCAUCUGCCCCCGCCCGGGCCAUCCGAGGACGAGGGAGGGGCCAUGCUGGUGGACAGCCUGGAGGAGGAGUGGGGGAGGCUACAUGACGUGCGACUCUGUGGUUCCGUGCUGGAGUACGUGGGGAAGGGGAAGAGCAUCGUGGAUGUGGGGCUGGCCCAGGCUCGGCGGCCGCUCAGCCCCCGCAGCCACUACUUCGAGCUGGAGAUCCUGGACCCGGGCGAGAAGUGCUACAUCGCCCUGGGCGUGGCCAGGAAGGAUUACCCCAAAAAUCGUCACCCCGGCUGGAGCAGGGGCUCGGUGGCCUAUCACGCGGACGACGGAAAGCUGUUCCAUGGCAGCGGCGUCGGGGAUCCCUUUGGCCCCCGCUGCUACAAGGGCGACGUGAUGGGCUGUGGGAUCAUGUUCCCUCGGGAUUACGGCCGGGACAGUGAAGGUGACAGCGAUGACUCCUCGGAGCCCCCCGAGGUGAAGGUGAAGGUGCGCAACGUGAUGUACCUGGAGGAGGAGGAGGACGAGGAAGAGGAAGAGGAGGAGGAAGAGGAGGAUGGGGAGGACAUGGAACAGGAGCAGGAGGGCAGGAAGGUCGUGGUGUUCUUCACACGGAACGGGACGGUCGUGGGGCGCAGGGAGGUUGGGGUCCCCCCCGGGGGUCUCUUCCCCACCGUGGGGAUGCUCAGCACUGGUGAGAGGGUCAAGGUGGACCUGCACCCCCUGAGCGGAUAAAGGGGGGGCCCGCGUGGGGCCCCCCAACACUCAAAACCCUCCGGUGCUCCCGGACCCACCCCGGGCUCUCCCAGUGCACUUUAGGGUGUUUCCACAAUAGUGGAGACCCCCCCAAGGUGGUUUUUAGGGGGUUCACUCCUGCC